AUGCACGCUCCAGAAAAGAGUCGCAACUCCACCUGCUCGACCGACAAUGGCUCGUCGCACGGUCACGAGGACAACCGCCUCACCUAUGUAACCUCCAACAUGUCCACCAUCUCGUCAACACCCAAGGAGAAGAAGAUCGAGCAAGAGCUAUCACUGUCCACCGCGGACGCCCACGAAACUCGCAGCCCUACAGCAUCACCGACGCAGCAGACCUCCACCAGCAGCACACUCUCCUCCGCAGCAGCAGUCCACCUCAACACGCUUCUCACUACAGGAGAGCGCAAGUCGUGGAAGUUUGACCCCAAGGACACUGUUGAGACCGUACGAACACACAUCUGGCAGAACUGGCCCUCCUUCUGGCCGCAGCCCAAACCCGAGUCGGUCGCCUACCUCAGGCUGCUUCAUCUUGGCCACAUUCUCGACAAUCCAGAGACCACACUCGCAUCAAGAGGCUGCAAGGCUGGCGCAACCACCGUUGUUCACAUCAUCAUUCGCGCCAUUCCACCACCGCCAGAGCCGGUCAAGGUAGAGCAGGAAUCACCCGUCAAAUCGACGCCACAAGCAAGGCCACCUUCGCGCAAUCGCGAGCCCGAGGAUACACCCGGCUGCUGCUGCGUCAUUUGCUGA